AUGCAGAUCCAGGUGAAGUGUAGCUGUGGAGACGACAACUGUGCAGAAUGGGCGAUUGUGGAGCUUCAAGGAAUGGUCGAAGCCCAACCCUCCGUACAGAACCGCCUCCAGAACCUCCAGAUCGGCGUGCUCUGCCGCCCGUCUUCUCAGGAAACCUACACAUUCACGGUAGGAUACCAUGAGCUGUCAGGUACGAAAGUGAAUCUGAAGAAGCCGCUUUUGGUGUUGAAGAAGAUCAAGCUUCAGAACGUCGAGCGAGUUGAAGACGAUGCGAAUCCUGCCGGAGUGGAGUUGGAUGUGGUCGGAAUUAUUCGUCACAAGAUAUUGUUCAAAACCAGGCCUAAAGCUCUAAUUUCCAAGGUUCAACCUGCUGUAAGAGAAAAAGUCAGUGCAGCCAUUUCCGCCAUGGACAGGCCCUGAUGAACAGAUCAAUGUAUACAGUAGAUCCCUUGUUUACACUGUUAACAUUUGGUGGUGGUGAACAAUAAAGAAUCCUUAUCUUUA